AUGUAAUAAUUAGAAGAAAUCAUAAAAAAAUACCCAAAAUAUAUGCCAACUUUAGUCAGAUAUGAAGAGCCAAUUGAAAUUAAUGAGGAUGAAAUGUAACUUGAAAUGCAAGAGUAAGUGUUAAAUUAAAAAAAAAAAUAAUAACUGUAACCUUUGGAUCAAAAAUGGUCCAUUGAUGAAAUUUUGAAUAAAUUUUUUCCUCCUAGAAGAUUUGAACAUGAGGGACAUUUCUUUAAAUAGAUUGUUAGUGUCAAUGAUGUCAAGAGAGAUGAACUUAAUUAAUUAGAAGAAGAAUUGAAUCAAAGAUUAUUUGAAAGAUAGGCUCGGUAUUUAAUUUAAAUAUAAAUAUAAUAGUAAGAGUGGUAUAUGUCCAGUAAGAGAAGAUUUACAUAGUUAAUUAUUUGAAGAGAUCAUAAGAUAGAGUGCUAUCAAUUGUCCAGAAAGAGGACUAUUAUUAAUGAGAGUAUAUGAUAAUUUGAAGUUAACCUUUGCAGCCUACCAAACUCUUUAUGCUGGAUCUGUCGUAUUUGGAAAUAGAAAAGCAGCAGAAUCUGAAAUUGGUAAAAUUGAAUAGGAUUCUAAAAUUGCUGAUUAUGAUAAGAAAAAAAUUUAUUUAGAAAAUUAAAAAAUUUUAUUAGAGAAGGAACUAGAUGCUAUUUAGAGAAGUUUUAAAGAAAUAAGAGAAUUGGAGGAAAAAAGAAUGGAACAGGAAAUGCUAUUUUUAAAAUAAUAAACUAAACAUUUAGAGCUUUUUCUGAAAUAAGUGCAAUAGAAUUAAUAAUGA